UGGAAGUAUUUGAACAUACUGAUAUGAAUUUCAAUUGUACCGAUUAUGAUAUUAUGCUUUGUGAGCUCGGAUUACACAACCGGACUGCGUGUUGUGAGCCACCUCCGACACCAGCACUACCACCAAAAGAUAUGAAUCAAACAGUGAGGAUUUUCUUAUAUAGCCUGAUAUUCUUGCUGAGCAUCCUCGGAAAUGCCCUGAUAAUUGCAGUCCUGGUGCGAAACAAGCAGAUGAGAACUAUGACUAAUCUAUUCCUGCUCUCCCUGGCUGUGAGCGACCUGAUGCUGUGCCUGUUCUGUAUGCCGUUCACCCUCAUCCCAAACCUCAUGAAGGAUUUCAUAUUUGGCAGUGGAGUCUGUAAAAUUGCUACCUACUUCAUGGGUAUCUCUGUAAGCGUGUCCACUUUCAGUCUGGUUGCCAUUUCCUUGGAGCGCUACAGUGCGAUCUGUAACCCUCUGCAGUCGAGAGUGUGGCAAACCAAGUCCCAUGCCUUGAAAGUGAUCACUGCUACCUGGUUUGUCUCAUUCAUUCUCAUGCUACCAUACCCUAUCUCAAGCACCUUGGUUCCCUUCACCAGAGACAAUAACAGCACUGGUAACAUGUGCCGUCUCACCUGGUCCAGUGACAUCAUCCAGCAAUCCUGGUACAUUUUCCUGUUACUGAUUCUUUUCCUUGUACCUGGAAUUGUAAUGAUGACGGCAUAUGGAUUCAUCUCUCUGGAACUGUACAGAGGAAUACAGUUUGAACUAAUUCAUAGGAGAUCCUCCCGAGAGAGAAAAAUCAGCAGCAGCAGCAUCAAACACGCCAACGGGGAUGGCUGCUACAUCCAGAGGUCCAAAAAGAAGAAGAUGGAAAUGCAGCAGCUGCCCAGUGCCAACAGUAUUAAGAUCAACAGGGCCAGAAGCAACAGCUCCACAGCCCACCUGGUGGCAAAGAAGAGGGUGAUCCGCAUGCUGAUCGUCAUUGUGAUUCUGUUCUUCACCUGCUGGACUCCCAUCUUCACUGUCAACGCCUGGCGAGCGUUCGACAGGGUCUCAGCGGACAGGCUGCUGUCUGGGGCUCCCAUAUCCUUCAUCCACCUGCUCUCCUACACGUCCGCCUGCGUUAACCCUCUCAUUUACUGUUUCAUGAACAAACGCUUCCGUCUGGCCUUUCUGGACACUUUUGCAUGUUGCAAGCAAACCCACAACUUGCCACGAGAUGUGGAAGAGGAUGUAACUACAACAGCGGCCAGUCUUUCCAAGUACACUUACAGCAGCAUCAGUAUAUCAGCCCAGGCACAGACUGAUUGAAAUACUCACGGUAAACGGUCACAUAUCAAAGCGUUGGGGAUGUGUACUGUUGAGCUAUUAAUGGGAUAAAAACUUGUGCUGUACUUUGACUUGUAAACUUUUUCAAAGUGCAGACGGUAAAGAACACUAUUGUAUUGUUCUCCAGUUCAGAGAGAAAUACCGGAUAGAAACCCUUUUCUGAAACAUUGAUUGUGCUUUAGAUAGGCUAAUGAUUCUGUACUACAUUUCAGAGUUUGACAUUCCAAUGGUCAAACUCUGACAUGCACUGAAUGCAGUGUCAUCAUGUUAUAAAUAAAGACUAGA